AUGAACGCGGAAAUCCUCAUCGUAGGCGCGGGAAUCUACGGCGUCAGCACAGCCUACCACCUCGCCAAGUCCAGUUCCCACGAUGCCUCGCGCAUCACCAUCCUAGACCGGGCACCAGCGCCCUCGACCAACGCCGCCUCAACGGACGUGAGCAAGAUCGUCCGCGCAGACUACGAGGAUCUCUUCUACAUGGAACUCGCGUACGAAGCCAUGGACGCGUGGAAGAGUCUGCCCUUCUUCAAAGACUCGGGCGUAUACCACCAGACGGGAUGGAUCUCCUUCGACGAGAAGGGGAGUGAUCUAACCGACCGCGUGAGGGAGAAUUUCAGGAAGAGUUCCCGGAAGGAUGUCACGUACCUCAUGAGCGCGGAGGAGGUGAAGAAGAGCUGGGGUGGGUUGUUGGAGAAGGCGGAUUUGAGUCCGUUCGAGACGUAUUACUUCAAUCCCGAUGUUGCGUGGGUGGACGCCGGGAGGGCUGUAGAGAUCAUGGCCGCUGAAGCUGUGAAGAUGGGGGUGAGGUAUGAGGUUGGUGAGGUUGCGAGGGUGCUGGAGGGAGAAAGGGGUGGUGUGAAGGGGGUCGAGACGACGGAUGGGAAGGUCUACGGCGCUGACAAGGUGGUUUUGUGCUCUGGAGCUUGGACGAGUUCCAUCAUGGCUUCUCUUGAAGAUGAGUUGCGUUUGCCAGAGGAGAAGACGAUUGAGAGUCAGAUCUAUCCUGCUGGAGUGGUUGUUUCGCAUUUCCAGCUCAGUGCAGAGGAGAAGAAGGUCUAUGACCAGCUACCGAUCGUGAUAUACGGUGAACAAGGCGAACUAUGGCCUCCAACGGACUCGGGUCUGCUGAAAAACGCCCACGCCAUAACCUUCACAAACACCAUAACCGCCAAAUCCGGCCGUCCCAUCACCGUCCCAGCGCCAGGGAGCCAGUUCGACGUUCCGAGAAAGCUGCAAGACCUCGCACUGCAGCAGGUCCGCGCCCGUCUUCCGCAGAUCCUCGAUGGUGAUCGACAGGUCGACUACUUCCGUCUCUGCUGGGACUCUGUCACGCAUAACAAGCACCCGGUGAUCACGCGGCAUCCUGAUGAGAGGCUGCAGAAUCUCUACAUCGCAGCCGGGGGCUCGUUUCACACCUGGAAAUUCCUCCCUACGAUUGGCAAGUAUGUAGCGAAUGUGAUUGACGGAGUGGGCAAUGGAUCUGAGAGGGAUGGGCUGUGGGCGUGGAAGACGACAGCUCCCAAGAGAGACCGGAAGGAGUUGAAAGAAUUCUACUGA